AUGCUGCUCAAGCUCCUGCAGCGACAGACCUACACGUGCCUGUCGCACCGCUACGGGCUCUACGUGUGCUUCGUGGGCGUCGUCGUCACCCUCGUGUCGGCCUUCCAGUUCGGGGAGGUGGUUUUGGAGUGGAGUCGUGAUCAGUACCAUGUUUUGUUUGAUUCAUACAGAGAUAAUAUUGCCGGAAAGUCCUUCCAGAAUCGGCUCUGUCUGCCCAUGCCAAUUGAUGUGGUGUACACCUGGGUGAAUGGCACUGACCUUGAACUACUGAGGGAACUGCAGCAAGUCAGAGAGCAGAUGGAAGAGGAGCAGAAAGCAAUGAGGGAAGUCCUUGGGAAAAACACAACUGAACCAACUAAGAAGAGUGAGAAGCAGCUGGAGUGUCUGCUGACACGCUGUGUCAAGGUGCCAAUGCUUGUCCUGGACCCAGCACUGCCAGCCAACAUCACCCUGAAGGACCUCCCAUCUCUCUUUCCUUCGUUUCAUUUGGCCAGUGACAUAUUUAAUGUAGCAAAACCCAAAAAUCCUUCUACUAAUGUCUCUGUGGUGGUUUUCGACAGCGCCAAAACUGUUGAAGAUGCCCACACUGGGAUACUUAAAGGAAACAGCAAACAGGCAGUUUGGAGGGGCUACUUGACGACAGACAAAGAAGUCCCUGGGUUAGUGCUAAUACAAGACUUGGCUUUCCUGAGCGGAUUUCCACCAACAUUCAAAGAAACAAAUCAACUCAAAGCAAAAUUGCCAGAAAUUCUUUCUUCUAAAAUAAAGCUGUUGCAGUUAUAUUCAGAAGCCAGUGUGGCACUUCUAAAGUUGAAUAACCCGAAAAACUUCCAAGAAUUGAAUAAGCAGACUAAGAAGAACAUGACCAUUGAUGGAAAAGAGCUGACCAUAAGUCCUGCCUAUUUACUCUGGGAUCUGAGUGCCAUCAGCCAGUCUAAGCAGGAUGAAGACAUUUCUGCCAGCCGCUUUGAAGACAACGAGGAGCUGAGGUACUCACUGCGCUCUAUCGAGAAGCAUGCACCAUGGGUCCGGAACAUUUUUAUUGUUACCAAUGGGCAGAUUCCGUCCUGGCUGAACCUUGACAAUCCUCGAGUGAAAAUUGUCACACACCAGGAUGUUUUUCGAAAUUUGAGCCAUUUGCCAACAUUUAGCUCACCUGCUAUUGAAAGUCACAUCCAUCGCAUUGAAGGGCUGUCGCAGAAGUUCAUCUACCUGAAUGAUGAUGUCAUGUUUGGGAAGGAUGUCUGGCCUGAUGAUUUUUACAGCCACUCCAAAGGUCAGAAGGUUUAUUUGACGUGGCCAGUUCCAAACUGUGCUGAGGGCUGCCCAGGCUCAUGGAUCAAAGAUGGCUAUUGUGACAAGGCCUGUAAUAACUCGGCCUGCGACUGGGAUGGGGGUGAUUGCUCUGGUAACAGUGGAGCAAACCGCUAUGCCCCGGGAGGUGGGGGCACCGGCAGCAUUGGCAUUGGCCAGCACUGGCAAUUUGGAGGUGGCUUAAGUGGUGUCACUUACUGUAAUCAAGGAUGUGCAAACUCCUGGCUCGCUGAUAAGUUCUGUGACCAAGCCUGCAAUGUUUUGUCCUGUGGUUUUGAUGCUGGUGACUGUGGACAAGAUCAUUUUCACGAAUUAUAUAAAGUAACUCUUCUCCCAAACCAGACUCAUUAUGUUAUUCCAAAAGGUGAAUACCUACCUUAUUUCAGCUUUGCAAAAAUAGCCAAAAGAGGAAUCGAAGGUGCCUAUAGUGACAACCCAAUCAUUCGGCAUGCUUCCAUUGCCAAUAAGUGGAAAACCAUCCACCUCAUAAUGCACAGUGGAAUGAACACAACCACGAUACAUUUCAACCUCACAUUCCAAACAGCAGACAACAGUGAGUUCAAAAUCCAGAUAACAGUUGAGGUUGACACCAGAGAGGAACCCAAGCUGAAUUCUACAGGCCAGAAGCCCUACCAGGAUUUGCUCAGUCCUGAAGUGACCAUGCACCCAGAAGGGGAAGUCCUAUUGGAGGAUAUUCCUGAAGAAAAACGCUUCCCCCAGGUCAGGAGACGUGGUGGUGCAAAUGCUACACAGAGUUUGCAGGAGGAGGUGGAAAUUCCUCCAGUUAAUGUUUCCCUCCUGCCCAAAGAGGUGCAGGUAAGGCUCAGCACCUUGGACUUGCAGCUGGAAAUUGGAGACAUCACUGUGAAAGGUUACAACGUGUCCAAGGCAGCCUUGCUGAGGUCAUUUUUGGCACAGUCUCCUGAGGCCAGAGGAGCUACCAAGAGAAACAACAGCUUGAAGAUUCCCCUGGAAAAGCAGGUCCCCCAGAACAUCACAUCAGAACGAUUUCAGAGGUUGGCUUUUCCCUCGGUGGCAGGUCAGGCCAAUGGCUACCACUACAGUCACACUCCAUCUGCAGUCUUGGAAACCCAACCAAGGUUUAGAGUGGAAACACUAGUGCAGAAAGUAGGAGGUGGCAGCCUGCAGAAAGAGAACCCCCUUUCUCUGAGUGAGCCCCUGGGAAAUCAUGAGGCCAGAGACAGUAAGGUCACAUGGAGACAACAAGAAGAAAAUGAACCUGAAGGUGUGACAGGAGAUAGAAGGGAUGCACCCCGGAUGUCAUUGGGGAGAAAACUGCAGUAUCACACUGAUGGUUACCUGGGCUUUUUGCCAUGGGAGAAGAAAAAGGUUUUCCAAGCCCUUCUUUCUGAGCAAGAUUCACUGGAGACACAGUUGGCGUACUUGACCAAUAGCAGACGUACCAGGAGGCAACUGAAAGAUACAUUUGCAGAUUCCCUUCGAUAUGUCAAUAAGAUUCUUAAUAGCAAGUUUGGAUUCACAUCUCGGAAAGUUCCUGCACACAUGCCCCAUAUGAUCGACAGAAUAGUUAUGCAAGAGCUGCAAGACAUGUUCCCUGAAGAAUUUGACAAGACAUCCUUUCACAAAGUGCGCCAUUCUGAGGAUAUGCAGUUUGCCUUCUCUUAUUUUUAUUAUCUCAUGAGUGCAGUUCAGCCACUGAAUAUAUCUCAAGUUUUUGAUGAAGUUGAUACAGACCAGUCUGGUGUCUUAUCUGAUAGAGAAAUCCGAACUCUGGCAACCAGAAUUCACGACCUGCCUUUAAGUUUACAGGAUUUAACAGGCCUGGAACACAUGUUAAUAAAUUGCUCAAAAAUCCUUCCGAGUAAUGUCACUCAACUAAACAACAUUCCACCAACUCAGGAAGCAUACUAUGACCCCAAUCUGCCUCCAGUCACCAAAAGCCUGGUCACCAACUGUAAGCCGGUAACUGAUAAGAUCCACAAAGCAUAUAAGGACAAAAACAAAUAUAGGUUUGAAAUCAUGGGAGAAGAAGAAAUUGCUUUUAAAAUGAUUCGCACCAAUGUUUCUCACGUGGUUGGCCAGCUGGAUGAUAUAAGGAAAAACCCCAGGAAGUUUGUUUGCCUGAAUGAUAACAUCGACCACAAUCAUAAAGAUGCCCAAACAGUGAAAGCGGUUCUCAGGGACUUCUAUGAAUCCAUGUUCCCAAUACCAUCCCAGUUUGAACUGCCACGAGAGUAUCGAAAUCGUUUCCUUCAUAUGCAAGAGCUGCAGGAAUGGCGGGCAUAUCGAGACAAACUGAAGUUUUGGACCCAUUGUGUACUAGCAACAUUGAUUAUGUUUACAAUAUUCUCAUUUUUUGCUGAGCAGUUGAUUGCACUUAAGCGGAAGAUAUUUCCCAGAAGGAGGAUACAGAAAGAAGCUAGUCCAGAUCGAAUCAGGGUAUAGAAGAUGUUCAUUGGAAAAUCAUCUACCUCAGCAUUCACUGAGCACGUAAAA